UCCAGGAUACCUCUCGAGCAACGGGACCUGGAACGGCAUGAUGCGUGACAUAGCGGAGCUAGGGGCGGAUUUCUCCACCUCCAUUACGGUCAACCCCGACCGACUGAAGAUCCUGGACAAGGUGAGGACUAUCGAUACCGACUGGCUCUGCAUCCUCUCACCUCAGCCUCAGGUCCUGCCUCGAUAUCUCGUCAUCACGAGGACCUUAUCAGCCGACGUUUGGAUCUUCUUGCUCGUGACCAUCACAGUCUGGGGAGUCUGUCUCUGGGGUCUUCAGAGGGCCGAGUCUCGCCUCAGUGGAAGAAGAAGCGAAAGCUUCGGUGAAUCCAUCUGCUAUGGAUGGGCAGCAAUAGUGGACCAUCCUCCAAACCCUCCGAGUAAUUUGUCAGGGCAGGUGUUGGUGGGAUGGUUGCUAAUCGGUACCCUACUGAUCUCCAGUUGCUUCAAAUCAUCUCUGGUGGCUAACUUGACGGUGGAAAACAAGGAGAAACCAAUUGACAGCUACGAAGGUCUUGUCAAGAAAGUGAACUGGAAAUGGGGCGUCGAGAAGUUCUUUUUGACUGGAGCACCUUUGCUCUACUUCUCACAGAACCCAGACCCAGUUAUUCAGUUCAUCUAUAAUCAUACAGAGUCAAUGGUGGGAGACCUGGGUCUAGAAAAAGUCAGGGGAGGGAGAUAUUCUUUCCUCUCGACGUUCAACCGAAUCUCCUACUUCCUCGGCGUUUUGUAUUCGGACACCUUCGGUAGACACCCUUUCUAUGUCAGCAAAAGUCGGUACAGGAUCUCCUCAGAUAUAGGACUAGGAAUCAGGAAAGGCGCCCCGUUCCUCCGCCGCUUCUCUCAGCUGGUGCACAGGUUGGCGGAGGCUGGAAUCCUAAGCCACUGGAUUAAGGACGUCCUCCAGGGACGGAUAAGUGAGGAUCGGAAACUGUACAGGCAGAAGAUGAAGGAAGGAAACGUAGCCUCAACAGAAGGGACCAGCAACGCCGCCUUCGCUCAGUCUCUGGAAGACGAACGGGAAGUAGUCCUGAAAAUGGAACAUUUCCUGGGGCUGUACCUCGUGUUCCUCUGUGGUCUUGGAAUGGCCAUGAUCACAUUCCUGGUGGAACUGUACUUCGCCUUCAGACACCUCGGAAAAUGACCAGGGUCUGGUAUCAUCUUUAUCAUCUGUCAGUCACUCGAUAGAGUAGACGUCGAAAAGCAACCGCUCUGUUGACGAGGUUCUGUAGAUAUAUUUAUGAAGCUCAGUUCAAAUAAACAUGUUUGAUUUGACGUAGCACUGAGUUUUAUUUUUUAUGUUUUUUGGAUUGUGUUUUGUCUUUAGGC